AUGGCUGAAGUCGCACCAGCUCCCGCCGCCGCUGCUGCCGCCGCCCCGGCCAAGGCUCCUAAAAAGAAAGCAGCAAGCAAGCCAAGGAAAUCGGGCCCUAGCGUUGGAGAAUUGAUCGUCAAGGCCGUGUCCGCCUCCAAGGAGAGGAGCGGAGUGUCUCUCGCCGCCCUGAAGAAAGCUCUGGCGGCCGGCGGCUACGAUGUGGAGAAGAACAACUCCCGCGUCAAGAUGGCACUGAAGAGCCUGGUAAUCAAGGGCACCCUGCUGCAGACUAAAGGAACCGGCGCUUCUGGCUCUUUCAAGCUCAACAAAAAGCAAGCCGAGGCUGCGAAAAAGAAGCCCGCUAAGAAAGUAGCUCCGAAAGCAAAGAAGCCGGCCGCCAAGAAACCCGCUGCUGCCAAGAAGCCCAAGAAGGCGGCGGCAAAGAAGCCCACCGCGGCCAAGAAGGCAGCGGCAAAGAAGCCCGCCGCCGCUGCCAAGAAGUCACCGAAGAAGGCGAAAAAGCCCGCUGCGCCCAAAAAGGCCACGAAGAGCCCCAAGAAAGCCAAGAAGCCAGCAGCAGCCAAGAAGGCGACCAAGAGUCCCAAGAAAGCCAAGGCUGCUAAGCCCAAGGUGGCCAAACCCAAGACCACCAAAGCCAAGAAAGCGGCUCCCAAGAAAAAGUGA